GAGAUAGCAAGGCGAUAGGAUAACCAUCCAGAGAUAAUAUAUAACAAAUAGCAUCAUGUCUAUUGUCAACCAUACACAAUCAUCUUUUCAUCAUGCCACCAUCAACACCACGCAUCGUCAUCAUCGGAGCCGGCAUCGUGGGCACAAACCUUGCCGACGAACUGGUCUCGCGAGGAUGGAACAACAUUACUGUCGUCGAGCAGGGCCCGUUGCACAUGCCGGGCGGCUCGACAUCACAUGCCCCCGGUCUCGUGUUUCAGACCAGCCCGUCCAAGACGAUGACUCGGUUUGCCAGUUAUACGGUGGACAAGUUACUCAGUCUUGAUUGCUUUAAUCAGGUUGGGGGACUCGAGGUGGCGACGACGCCAGAGAGAGUGGAGGAGUUGAAGCGGAAACAUGGAUAUGCGGUUUCGUGGGGGAUAGAUGCAAGGCUUGUCAGUGCGGAGGAGUGUAUACGGAUGUACCCUCUUUUGAAUAAGGAUAUCGUGCUUGGGGGUCUACACAUUCCCAGUGAUGGUCUGGCGCUGGCUGCGCGUGCGACACAGCUGCUUAUCGAGCGUACGCGUCAAGCUGGCGUGAAGUAUAUUGAGUCGACACCGGUGACCGGCAUCGAGAAGAAGAACCACCGAGUGACAGGCGUCAAUACCCCUGGUGGCAUCAUCCCCGCGGAUAUCGUCGUUUCCUGUGCUGGUUUCUGGGGCGUCGAAGUAGGCGCCAUGGCUGGAGUGAAAGUUCCUUUGCUUCCUCUGGCGCAUCAGUAUGCGAAGACGACCAAGGUGCCUUCUCUGGCAGGCAGAGAUAUUAACAACCGACCAAAUGGAAAGAACGCCAUCUAUCCCAUUCUACGACACCAAGACCAAGAUCUUUACUACCGUGAACAUGGCGAUCAGUAUGGCAUUGGCUACUAUGGCCACCGUCCGAUGCCAGUAGAGGCAGCUUCAUUGGGCCUCACUUCGAAGAACGUUGAUGAAAAGAACAUGCCAUCUCGACUUCAGUUCACCAAGGAAGACUUUGAUCCCGCGUGGAAGGAAUCCCAGCACCUUCUCCCAGCUCUCCGAGAUACGCAGCUUGCCGACGGCUUCAACGGCAUCUUCUCCUUCACACCAGAUGGUGGACCGGUCAUCGGACAAGCACCAGAGCUCGAUGGCUUCUAUGUCGCUGAAGCUGUCUGGGUGACGCACUCUGCCGGCGUCGCACGAGCAGUCGCUGAGAUCCUCACCACUGGCCAGUCUAACAUUGAUGUCUCCGAAUGCGAGCUGUCCCGAUUUGAAGCUAUCCAAUUAAGCCGCAACUAUGUCAGCGAGACAUCCCAACAGAACUUUGUCGAAAUAUACGAUAUCCUUCAUCCACUACAGCCGAAGGAGUCACCACGGCAGCUUCGAACAACUCCAUUCUACCAUCAGCAGCGGAUUCUAGGUGCUGUUUUCCGUGAGGUUGGAGGUUGGGAACAUCCAUCCUGGUAUGAGGGAAAUAGGCAUUUGCUCAAAUAUCUCCCCUCCAAGUGGCAGCCCGUCGAGCGAGACUCCUGGUCAGCGAAGUUCUACUCGCCCAUUGCUGUUGCAGAGGCGUGGAGGACGCGCAAUGCAGUCGCCAUGUACGACAUGACUACUUUCCAUCGCUUUGAAGUGUCUGGUCCUGGAGCCGCUCAUCUGCUUAACCGGCUAAGCACCGGAGAUGUCAUUGCUACAAAGCCUGGGUCAAUAGUCUACGCCCUUCUUCUCAACAGCAAUGGCGGAAUCCGCAGUGACAUUUUCAUCUCACGCCUCGACGAUGAAGUCUUCCAGGUGAAUGCAAACUCUGCGACCGAUCUAGCCUAUCUUUCCUACGAAGCCAAACAACAGCAGCAAUGGGUACAAGUCCGCGAAAUCACAGGCAGUACAUGCAGCAUCGGUCUCUGGGGACCUCGUUCCCGAGACGUCAUCAGCACGAUCAGCACUGAUGAUCUAAGCAACCCAACAUUGCCUUAUCUCGGCGUCAAGAAAGCGACCAUCACCAACAUCCCAGUUACCAUGUUUCGAAAGUCCUACGUCGGCGAGUCUGGCUGGGAGAUUCAAUGCAGCGCUGAAUACGGACAUCGACUUUGGGAUGUUAUCUCCCAAGCAGGAAAGCCACAUGGUAUCAUCGCAGCAGGACGCCACGCGUUCGACGCAUUGAGAAUCGAAAAGGGUUACCGGAUCUGGGGCAAAGAUAUGACGACUGAACACGAUCCAUACGAAGCCGGAGUCGCAUUUGCCAUUAACACGAGCAAAAAGGAAGACUUUGUUGGGAAGACUGCACUCCAACGACGCUCACAACAAGCACUCGCUCGACGACUACGCUGUCUCACUGUUGAUGAUGGCCGUUCCGUCAUCCUCGGUAAGGAGCCUGUAUAUUACAGCGGCAAACCGGUCGGAUACGUGACCAGUGCUGCGUUUGGGUAUACGGUCGGCAAGCCUGUAGCGUAUGCUUGGCUACCUGGCCUUCUCGACAUCGGUGAUGCUGUCGAGAUUGAGUAUUUUGGGCGCCAGAUCAGGGCUACCAUCACGGCUGAGCCGUUGUAUGAUCCGCAGAUGAGUCGUUUGUAUGGCGAUGGAUCGUCUGUUGACCGACCUUUCAAGUCUUUGUUGUAGAUAAGUGGGAACUAGAAGAAUUACGAGAAUACUAUUUCAUGAUACGGACUAUCUUAUUGAAUUAUAUUUCUAUAUUUGAUUGAGCAUUUAACUGAACAACAUUUCUGUUAAUCUGGAAGAUAAACAUUCUAUACUAAUUUUCUUGUUGAUAACCUACAUUGCUAGAAAUAUAUAGCAGACCACAACUACAAUAAGCACAUU